AUGAAUGCCGACAAACCAAAGCACGAUCCUCCACGAAGCAAGUCCCCAUAUGAUUUGGGCGGCGUAAAUGAUAUUGGUGCUCUUAACUACUCACAACAGGCUUCAAUUAACCUCACCAAGGUAAAAACCCGUAAAGCAAACGAGGAGUACCUCAGGCGUCAUCCAGAAGUUGGCUUUAUGAUUACGGCCUUCAUGAGGGAAGCUUUCGAAACGAAGCCGGACGAUGUUAGAGAAUAUGCAGCCAACUUUUUCACACACCCAGACUUGAAGCAAAAAAUGGCUAAGGUCCAGGAGAACCACGAAAACAAAAUGAAAAUCUGUGAAAUGGCUAACACGAUCACGAGCAGCACUGUUGACAUCUGA